UUUGGAAGAGACUUUGCUCUCUGUUGAGGGAACGUUGUUCACCCUCAUCUGAAUGCAGGAGAAAGUGUCGCACUAACUGUAAGUCUGUGUAGUGGGGGAAACUAAACGGCUCCUAAAUCACUGGCAGCAGCAGUUUUGGAGUGUUAAAGGUUUUAUUUUUGGACUGUUUGGUUGGAGUCCACGAGGUCAAAAUGGAAACGCACAGUGUGAUGAAGGUCAAUGAGUGGCAAUCAUUCCACGGGACAGAUUCAGGCAUCCAGUCAGGAGCCAAUACGGUUCGCUUAGAAGAUGAUGGAUCCUAUGGAUACACAGAAAACUCUGCAGAUGUCGAGACUCAGUACCAUAUGACACGUACUCAACGCGUGAAAGCGGCCAUGUUUCCAGAGAUGGUGGAGGGAAGAUCCAUCCUCUCCACACAGAUCGAUCCAUCCCAACAGACCAACGUACAGAAGCUGGCCGAACCCUCUCAGCAGCUCAAAGACGCCAUCGUUCAUCUCAUCAACUACCAGGACGACGCUGAGCUCGCCGCACGUGCCAUUCCAGAACUCACCAAACUCCUAAAUGAUGACGACCAGUCGGUGGUGAAUAAGGCAGCUAUGAUCGUGAACCAGCUGACCCGUAAGGAUGCGUCGCGGCGAGCUCUGAUGCAGUCUCCGCAGAUGGUGGCGUCAGUCGUGAGGGCCAUGCAGAACACAUCGGACAUGGAGACCACCCGUGCCACAGCCAGCAUCCUUCACAACCUCUCGCACCAGCGCGAGGGGCUGCUCGCCAUCUUUAAAUCAGGAGGCAUUCCCGCUUUGGUGCGCAUGCUGAGCUCUCCAAUGGACUCUGUUGUUUUCUACGCCAUCACCACCCUGCACAACCUGAUCUUACACCAGGAGGGAGCCAAGAUGGCGGUACGUCUGGCUGAUGGGCUGCAGCGGAUGGUCCCCCUGCUAAAGAAGAGCAACCCUAAAUUCCUGGCCAUCACCACAGACUGCCUUCAGCUACUGUCCUAUGGAAACCAGGAGAGCAAGCUGAUUAUUCUGGCUAAUGGUGGCCCUGAGGGUCUUGUUAACAUCAUGAGGACCAACAGCUAUGAGAAACUGCUUUGGACCACCAGCCGUGUGCUCAAAGUGCUCUCUGUCUGUCCUAGUAACAAGCCUGCUAUUGUGGAAGCUGGUGGCAUGCAAGCGCUUGGAAAGCAUCUGAAUGGCUCUACUCCACGUCUAAUGCAGAAUUGCCUGUGGACCUUGAGGAACUUGUCAGACUCUGCAACCAAACAGGACGGAAUGGAAAAUCUGCUGCAGGUACUGGUUGGUCUGCUGUCCUCAGACGAUCUCAACAUGCUUACCUGCUCCACCGGCAUCCUCUCCAAUCUCACCUGUAACAACACGCGCAACAAAACGCAGGUGACCCAGAGUAAUGGGGUGGAGUCUUUGAUUCACACCAUCCUAAGAGCUGCCUCCAAACAAGAUAUAAUCGAGCCAGCAGUCUGUGCCCUGCGACACCUCACCAGCCGGCACCCGGAUGCUGAGACUGCACAGAACGCUGUGCGAAUGCAUUACGGCAUCCCCGCAAUCGUCAAAUUGCUGAAUCAGCCUUACUACUGGCCAGUUGUGAAGGCUGUGGUCGGUCUUAUCCGUAACCUGGCCCUGUGUCACGAGAACCAAGCUCCUUUGAGAGAUGCUGAUGCCAUUUCCAAACUGGUCACUUUGCUUACAAAAUCUCACCAGGAUGCACAGAAACUCGGUUCCUCUGCUCAACAAACAUACCAGGAUGGAGUGAGAAUGGAGGAGAUUGUGGAGGGCUGCACCGGUGCUCUGCAUAUCCUGGCCAGAGAUCCACUAAACCGGCACAUUAUUGCGAGCAUGGACACCAUUCCACUCUUUGUUCAGCUUUUGUAUUCACCAGUGGACAACGUCAAGCGAGUGUCAUCUGGUGUUCUGUGUGAACUGGCUCUUGAUAAACAGUCGGCUGACAUCAUUGACGGAGAGGGAGCCUGUGCUCCUCUCAUGGAGCUUCUGCACUCCAGUAAUGAAGGCAUUGCCACCUAUGCCGCUGCUGUACUGUUCAGAAUUUCUGAGGACAAAAACCAGGACUAUAAGAAACGAGUAUCAGUUGAGCUCACACACUCGCUCUUCAAACACGACCCUGCUGCUUGGGAGAUAGCCCACAACAGUGCCAUGAUGGAACAAGGCCCCCCAAUCGAUGAGCAUGAUGGCUUCCCAUAUCAAUAUACUGAUGGCGUUCAGAUGGAUAACUUUCAAGAUCAUGAAAUGCAAGAGGAUUAUGGAAACAGUAUGCCUUAUGACUCGAUGGGCAGAGGCUUCAGCACUGAACGCUACUAAGCUCCACUGAAUGAGGAAUGCGGUAAACUACAGAAGAGGCAGAAAGUCAAACUACAGAAGAGGCAGUUUUUUUUAUUGCUGGGUGCCUGUGGUUCAUUAAUCUGUAAACAAACACACAUUGACACUGUUGUUGUAAUAUAUGCAAUUCUUACUAUGCUGGAAGUGGCAGAGGUGAACACAACCUCACACUGCCUUCACACGAGGAGAGCUCGAUGCAUUUUACACUUGUUUUGUAGAAAAAGUUAUAUUUUAGCGUUUCUUAUGGGUGCAUUAAUACUUUGUUGGUAACAGGACUGGUAAACUAUGCCAAAGAGAUUUUAUCAAAAUAUUUUAUAAUGAUAAUAAUGUCGCUUUUUAUAGUUUAAAGAUUUUGGAUGCUGUCAGUGAUUUAGACUUGCGAUCUCACAAUAACUGAGCUUUAUAGUUUUCUUCAGUGGUUUUAGUUAGAUGAGGGUUCUGGAAUGUUGAUUUUCUACAGCUCUUAACACUCAUUACAGUAGCUAUUCCCCUAUGGAGACUGUCAUCUAAUGAAGCGUUCUUACAUGUGUGUGACCAUUUUUAUGCACCAUUUUUAUUCCCAGUUUGUCUUCAUCAAGAAAAUACUGAUUUUAUUUCUUACAGUGUAUGGAGAAUGUUUGAUAUUUACUACAUGAAUAAAUCCUGUGCUGAAUAAAGGGGACUAACGUGUAACUAAGUUAAGUUACUAAAACUAACUUUACAAGCUUUUAGGAUAUUUAACUUUCAGGAAGCGAGAUAAAAAAAGGGAUCGCUGUCUUUGUAGCAUUUUUACAUUGUACAAAAAGUACAAAUAAAAACAUUAUCUUA